AUGCUCUUCGCGGAAGCCGGCUUUGGCCCUGCGGCUGCUGCUGCUGUCGCCGCGGAGAAAUUUUUAGAGCUGGCAGCCUAGGAAUGACUCUCCCCUUGGCUCCGGGUGCUCACUCAGAAACUGUGGAUGAGCCUGAGGGAACCCUCCUCCUGGCCCUGUGGUUUGGAUCCAGUGCCUUUGCGACUGUAAGAGGAUGGACAAAGAUUCUCAGGGCCUGCUAGAUCCAUCCCUGAUGGCCUCGGGCACUGCCAGCCGCUCUGAGGAUGAAGAGUCACUGGCAGGCCAGAAGCGGGCCUCCUCUCAGGCCUUGGGCACCAUCCCUAAAAGGAGAAGCUCCUCCAGAUUCAUUAAAAGGAAGAAGUUUGAUGAUGAGCUGGUGGAGAGCAGCCUGGCCAAGUCCUCUACUAGGGUAAAGGGGACCAGUGGGGUGGAGCCCGGCCGCUGCUCCGGGAGUGAGCCCUCUUCUAGUGAGAAGAAGAAGGUGUCCAAGGCUCCCAGCACGCCGGUGCCUCCCAGCCCCGCCCCCACCCCUGGACUCAGUAAACGGGUGAAAAAGAGCAAACAGCCACUGCAGGUGACCAAGGACCUGGGCCGCUGGAAGCCCGUGGAUGACCUCCUGCUUAUCAACGCAGUGCUUCAGACCAAUGACCUGACAUCUGUCCACCUGGGUGUGAAGUUCAGCUGCCGCUUUACCCUCCGGGAAGUCCAGGAGCGCUGGUACGCCCUGCUCUACGAUCCCGUCAUCUCCAAGCUGGCUUGCCAGGCCAUGAGGCAGCUGCACCCAGAAGCCAUUGCAGCCAUCCAGAGCAAGGCCCUGUUUAGCAAGGCUGAGGAGCAGCUGCUGAGCAAAGUGGGCUCGGCCAGCCAGCCCACCUUGGAGACCUUCCAGGAGCUGCUACACAGACACCCUGAUGCCUUUUACCUGACGCGCACUGCUAAGGCGCUGCAGGCCCACUGGCAGCUCAUGAAGCAGUAUUACUUGCUGGAGGACCAGACAGUGCAGCCGCUGCCCAAGGGGGACCAAGUACUGAACUUCUCUGAUGCCGAGGACCUGAUAGACGACAGUAAACUCAAGGACAUGCGAGAUGAGGUCCUGGAACAUGAGCUGACGGUGGCUGACCGGCGCCAGAAGCGAGAGAUCCGGCAGCUGGAGCAGGAGCUGCACAAGUGGCAGGUGCUGGUAGACAGCAUCACAGGCAUGAGCUCCCCAGACUUUGACAGCCAGACGCUGGCUGUGCUGCGGGGCCGCAUGGUGCGCUACCUGAUGCGCUCUCGAGAGCCUUCACCUGCCUCGCCUCUCCAGAUCACCCUUGGCAGAGCGACCAAGGAUAACCAGAUUGACGUGGACUUGUCUCUGGAGGGCCCUGCCUGGAAGAUAUCCCGGAAGCAAGGUGUCAUCAAGUUGAAGAACAACGGUGACUUCUUCAUUGCCAACGAGGGCCGGCGGCCCAUCUACAUAGACGGGCGGCCUGUGCUCUGUGGCUCCAAGUGGCGCCUCAGCAACAACUCCGUGGUAGAGAUCGCCAGCCUGAGGUUUGUCUUCCUCAUCAACCAGGACCUCAUUGCCCUCAUUCGGGCCGAGGCGGCCAAGAUCACACCCCAGUGAGGGAGGGCCAGGCCACCUCUGCCCAGAGCGGACAGCAACAGACCCCACCGCUGGCCGUGGAUUAGAGCCCUGGGGUGUGUAGGGCUGGCCACUGGGAAGCCAGGCCAAGGCUGGGACCCUCCCCGCCCCUCUCCCUGCAUCUCUAACAGAUUCCCUUCAGACUCCUGUAUUGUUACUGUCUCUCUCUUUGUAAAUAAAAGGCACUGGCUUCCAAAGGUA